GCUAGCCAUGUGUGUGGUGUCCGCGUCCGCAUCAACUACCUGACAGUUAUCGUAGUUUUACCUUCAAAUUUCUAGGAUAUGGCGACCAGGCGAUUUAAUCAAUAUUAAACAUUAAAACACGCAUGUGAAAUAUAUUUUGUCCGCUGAUCUGCUAAGUCGUAUUUCAAACAGCUUUUAAAUUAUAUGAGAAUCAGUGUUAGCUUUUCCUCGGUUGCGCUUGUCUUUGGAUGAGGUUAUGUUCAAAGCUCGUCUACUCUUCACUGCUUUAGUUAAUCAAAGACCGAGAUUACGGGAAAACGGUGGCCUUUUCAAUUUUCUUUGCAUGAUGACUGACGGAUCCAAAGUAGAUCAGUCAGCAAAUGUGUUGAAAAGAGCCAACGAAGAAAAUGAGUCUGCUGAGAUCCAAGACACAAAGAGAUUGAAGGUUGAAGAGGAACAAAAUGACGAAGGGAAGAAAUAUCCCAAGAAGAAAGUGGUGCUUUUAAUGGCCUACUCUGGAAAAGGAUAUUAUGGAAUGCAGAGGAAUGUUGGAACCAGUCAAUUCAGGACUAUUGAGGAUGAUCUGGUUGAAGCACUUGUCAAAUCUGGCUGCAUACCGGAAAACCAUGGUGAUGAGAUGAAGAAGAUGUCAUUCCAAAGAUGUGCCAGGACAGAUAAGGGUGUCUCUGCCGCGGGACAGGUGGUGUCUCUGAAGCUGAGGCUGAUUGAAAACAUCAUUGAAAAAAUGAACGAGAAUCUUCCUGCUCAAAUCAGAGUGCUUGGUUUGAAGAGAGUGACCCAGAGUUUCAAUUCCAAAAACAACUGUGAUGCUCGCACUUACUCUUAUAUGCUUCCAACGGUGGCCUUUUCUCCAAAAGACUACGACACUGGAGAUAUAGCUGCCUUUCGCCUUGAACCAGGGACUCUUCAGAGAGUGAACUGUCUAUUUGCGCUGUAUAAAGGCACUCAUAAUUUCCACAACUUUACCUCUCAAAAGGCUCCAAAUGACCCGAGUGCCCGCCGCUACAUCACUGAGAUGUCGUGUGGACAGCCUUUCCUUCAGCGCGACACCGAAUUUGCAGUGAUCACUGUACGAGGCCAGAGCUUCAUGAUGCACCAGAUCCGAAAGAUGAUUGGAUUGGUCAUCGCGGUUGUGAAGGGCUAUGCGCCGGAGGAUGUGAUGGAGCGGAGUUGGGGACAUGAGAAGGUGGAUAUUCCGAAAGCGCCAGGGCUUGGCUUAGUUCUGGAAAGAGUUCACUUUGAGAGGUACAACAAACGUUUCGGAAGAGAUGGUUUUCAUGAACUGCUGGAGUGGGAUCUGGAAGAGGAUGCCAUUGUGGCUUUCAAGAAGGCACACAUCUACCCGACUAUUGUAGAAACAGAAAUCCAGGAGGGCUCAAUGGUCAGCUGGAUGUCCACGCUCCCGAUUCACAACUUCUCCGGCAAUAAAGAUGAGAAGCAGAGCGAUGCCGAAAAGUUGAACAAUGAGGAGGAAUCCAACAACUCGGAUUAGUGCCUUCUGAGGGUUUUGUGUACCUGCUUGGACAGGUUAUUGAGUUAACUCAAAGUCAUUGUCUUCACUUAUGUUCGAAUACUGCCCCGGCUUAAGAAGAACCAAGUUUAUGAUGUUUUAUUAUUUUUUUAAAUCUCCUCCAAAUAUCUGUUCACGCCCCUCCCCAUCCUCCAUCAGAACACCUUUGUUAAUGGCUAACUAGCCAGUACAGCAUUCCAAGCAAAUUUCUGUUCAAAAGCAAUAUCUGUGUACAGUCUGGAACAAUUCUCUACAUCAUAUUUUAAGAAACACGCUGAUUAUAAUGUGACAUAGGGUGCUGCUUGAGGAAUACUUGCCUUUAUCUAUGUGCACAUCUGACAAACUCUCCAUCGUUGAAGACCAGUUGUGAUGCCUUAUUUGAAUGUUCCUUGAAAAGCAUUUGUGUUAAGUAUCAACAUACAAGUGAUGCAAAAAAUU